UUUGACAUCGUUUUGACACUUACGUGCCUCCAUAUAUCAGUGUCAUCCGCAUUUAUUUACUUUUUACGAGAAUUUUGUAAUAAAAAUGAAAAAUUUAGCAGAAGACAAAAAAUUCAAAUGGUCGUUAAAGCCAUCAGCUAGUCUCAGAGACAAGUCAUCGGAAACAGCGUCACCGCCCGGUUACAAUCCAUCAAUUCAUGGUGGAGUGGUGGAAACUGAAGCUACAAAUAAAAAUUCCGAACAGACGCAUCUCAUCAUUAAGAAAUCGUGGGAUGUCGCCAUCGGCCCAUUGAAACAAAUUCCGAUGAACCUACUACUGAUGUACAUGUCCGGUUCAACGAUUUCGAUUUUCCCGAUUAUGAUGAUUGGAAUGAUGUUAAUGAAACCGUUAUCGGCCAUCACAACGACACACACCACAUUCAAAACGUUUGAGCAAUCCGGCACCGGAACGAUCGGACAGAAAAUCGUUUUCGUUUUGGGGCACAUUGCAUGCGUUGGAUUAGCUUUGUACAAGUGUCACAGCAUGGGAUUGCUGCCGUCACAUGCGUCGGAUUGGUUGGCAUUUGCUGAACCACAAAUAAGGACUGAGUACUCCGGUGGUGGAUUGGUUCUUUUGUAGAAAUGGUUGGUGUCCACUUGAUCAUUCUUUUGUUUUGUGGUCCGAUUUGGUCGACAUUUUUUUUUCCUAAUUUAAUGUUUUGUUGUGGAAUAAUAAUAAUAAAAAAUAUGGAACCCACA